AUGGUUAAAACUUAUUUCGACGUUGAAGCUGAUGGUAAGCCAUUGGGCCGUAUUACUUUCCAAUUGUACAACGAUGUUGUUCCAAAGACUGCUGAAAACUUCAGAGCUUUAUGUACUGGUGAAAAAGGUUUUGGAUACAGCGGUUCUCCAUUCCACAGAGUUAUUCCAGAUUUCAUGUUGCAAGGUGGUGAUUUCACCCGUGGUAAUGGUACUGGUGGUAAAUCCAUUUAUGGUGAAAGAUUCCCAGACGAAAACUUUACCAAGAAACAUACUAGACCAGGUUUGUUGAGUAUGGCCAAUGCUGGUCCAAACACCAACGGUUCUCAAUUCUUUAUCACCACUGUUCCAUGUCCAUGGUUGGAUGGUAAGCAUGUCGUCUUUGGGGAAGUUGUUGACGGUUUAGAUGUUGUCAAGAAAAUCGAAUCUUUAGGUUCUCCAAGUGGUGCACCAAGAGCUAAGGUUGUUAUUGCUGAAUCUGGUGAAUUGUAA